GACAGGCCCGCGCGCUGCUGCGGAAACAGGAAGCCGGCUGGGUGCGCGCAGGGCUCGGGCUGCAGGGCCGGGUCCUCUCCGCCGCCGAAGCCGCCCCGGGCAGGUGAAAGGGCUCCCGCACCGCCCGGUGCUCCCCAUCUCCCUGGCGUUGUGCGCAGAGAGGGAAAGCAUGGCUGUUAUAAAUGAACUCUGAUUUGGGGGAGUAGAUGCCAACUUAGAGCCUUCGUACCAAUCUCUCUCUCUCUUUGAAAGAUACCCAGCUAAGACCUGAAUGCCAUCACCCUGCCUGGGGCUCUGCAGUUUUCUCAUGGUGAACCCUUGAUGGAUUUACUAUUGCUUGAGAAAUGGCUAGGAUCGGAUUGGGGUUUGGAAGAUGGAACUUUCAUCCAUUAAAGAGGAAGAGUUCAUUGCUGUUGAAACUCAUAGCUGUUGUCUUUGCUGUGCUUCUAUUUUGUGAAUUUUUAAUCUAUUACUUAGUGAUCUUUCAGUGUAAGUGGCCUGAAGUGAAACCCACCACCGAUGACGGUGAACAAGCCACACGUGAGCCUGUGCUCAAAGCCAUGUUUCUGGCUGACACCCACUUGCUUGGGGAAUUCCUAGGCCACUGGCUGGACAAAUUACGGAGGGAAUGGCAGAUGGAGAGAGCCUUCCAGACAGCUCUGUGGUUGCUGCAGCCGGAAGUCAUCUUCAUCCUGGGGGAUGUCUUUGAUGAAGGGAAGUGGAGCACCCCUGAGGCCUGGGCAGAUGAUGUGGCACGGUUUCAGAAAAUGUUCAGACACCCAAGUCACAUGCAGCUGAAGGUAGUUGCUGGAAACCAUGACAUUGGCUUCCACUAUGAGAUGAAUAUAUACAAAGUGAAACGAUUUGAGAAAGUGUUCAGCUCUGAAAGACUGUUUUCUUGGAAAGGCAUUAACUUCGUGAUGGUCAACAGCGUGGCGCUGAAAGGGGAUGGCUGUGGCAUCUGUUCUAAAGCAGAAGCAGAGCUCACUGAAGUUUCUCACAGACUGAACUGCUCCCGAGAGCAGGUACAUGGCUCCAGCAAGUGUGGACCUGGACCUCUGCUACCCACAUCUGCCCCCAUCCUCCUGCAGCAUUAUCCUCUGUACCGGAGAAGUGACGCUAACUGUUCUGGUGAAGACGCUGCUCCUCCGGAGGAAAGGAACAUCCCAUUUAAGGAGAACUAUGAUGUGCUUUCUCGGGAGGCAUCACAAAAGCUGCUGUGGUGGCUCCAGCCGCGCCUGGUCCUCAGUGGCCACACGCACAGCGCCUGCGAGGUGCACCACGAGGGCCGAGUCCCCGAGCUCAGCAUCCCAUCUUUCAGUUGGAGGAACAGAAACAACCCCAGUUUCAUCAUGGGUAGCAUCACACCCACAGACUACGCCCUCUCCAAGUGCUACCUCCCACGUGAGCACGUGGUUUUGAUCAUCUACUGUGGAGCGGUGGGCUUCCUUGUGGUCCUCACACUCACUCACUUUGGGCUUUUAGCCUCACCUUUUCUUUCUGGAUCAAACCUGCUCAGAAAGCAUAAGACAAGGUAAAGAGCAGUUGACGUCUGCACUUAGCAAUAAGUAUCAAAACCCAAAUAAUGGAACUUUGGGCAGAGAUCAUGUUAGAACCAAGUGGAUGUUGAGACCAAUUAUAGGCUGUCUCUCUGCAAAUCACAGAAAUUCUCAAUCACUGAAAUGAGUAAUUGCAAAAUAAAUAGUUGAUUGUACUGUUCUCAUGCUAUAAAAAUGGACAGGUACUCUACAACAAAUCUGUUUUCUCAUUUUUAUCAAAUAUAUGUAUCAUCAAAGGUUGCAUCUGUACAGUAUGUAAAUGCUAUUAAUGUCAUCACUCACAUGCACGACAGUCCUUGCUCCCCCAGGAAGGGCCUGAUGACCCUAGCACACACUGAGAUUAUGUGUAUACAUAAAUAUUGGGCUUGUUUCCCUCUUCCUGUAAAGUGGUUCUCAAAUUCCUAUGUACUGUAAAGCUGUACCCUUAAAAGUACAGAUGUGGCAGGGCACAGUGACUCACACUUGUAAUCUCAGCAGUUUGGGAGGCCGAGACGGGUGGAUCACUUGAGGUCAGGAGUUCAAGUCCAGCCUGGCCAACAUGGUGAAACCCCAUCUCUACUAAAAAUACAAAAAUUAGCCAGGUGUGGUGGCAAGCACCUGUAAUCCCAGCUACUUGGGAGGCUGAGACAGGAGAAUCCCAUGAACUCGGGAGGUGGAGGUUGCAGUGAGCCAAGAUCGUGCACUCCAGUCUGGGUUAAAGAGCAAGACUUUGUCUCAAAAAUAUAUUUUUUAAAAAAAGUACAGAUGUGAUGUGGAGGACAUAUGUUUUGUAGAUUUUUAUACUUGAUAAAUUAAUGGAUCAGAUUUUUAGAUAAGUGUAGUUUUCUCUACAGGAGACUAAGUUGAUACAUCUGAUAAUGUCUGUCAAUGAUCAAAAGAGACUUGAAACAUGGAAUGGGAUAUGGCUUUUGGUACUUGAAAAUAAAUGCUUUAAUAAUUUUAA